AUGACGAGCUCAUCAAAUGGUAUGUGUCUUGACGUAAGAAUUUUCUUGCUUGGAAGGGCUUUUGGACCGAUCCGAGAUCCUAGAAUACUUGAUUGGAGAAGCCCCGAAGAUUAUGGUUAUGAUCCUUUUGGUCUCGACAAAAAGCCAAAAAACUUCGAAAAACUACUCUUUCGUUGCGGAUAUCAAGCAUUUGAGUUGAUUCACGUCGGAUGGGCCAUGCUUAGAGCAGUGGCUUCAUUAUCCCCGAAGCCUUCAACAAACUUGGGGCCAACUGUGGCCCUCAAGCUCGUCCGGUUCAAGGGUUUCGAGGACAAGCUUCACCUGAGCGGUCCUUUUGACCCAUUGGGUUUGGCAAAGGAUCCCGACCAAGCUCGCACUCCCGAAGGUCCCGUCGAAAACCCGGCAAAGCAUCUCGGUGAUCCUUUCGACAACAACUUGCUUAUCGUCAUUGUUGGUUCCGUUGAGAGAACUCCUUCAUUGUGA